AUGAGUCAAUUUGUAAAUUCAUGUUACAACUAUGAUGAAAUGUUAAAUGACUUGAUAAAUACUAAAAUGAUAAAGACCAUAAAUGAAGAAAAGGCCUUAAGAUCUGUUGAUUAUGGGUAUUAUUUUGACACCGAAGGAAGCCACAGGGAACCAGAUUGGCAGUUUGAAGCUAGGAGGCACAUGGUUUAUACUACUGCCGCUCUAAAUGCUUUAAUGUUAAAUUCUGGACAGAAAUUUUUAAAUAUCGGCUCUGGAGUUGGCUAUUUUAGUACAGUGGCUGGUAUAUUAUUGGGUAAUUUUAAAACUUAAUAAUUAUGUAUUUAUGUAAAAUCUUCAAUUUUUUUUUCUUUUUAACAGAAAAAUUAAUAUUAAAAUUCAAUAUUAUUAGGUUUUUCAUAUUAAGUGAUAUCAUAGUUUGAUUUUAUCUAUUUAGGUAAUAAUAGUGUUAAUCAUGGAAUUGAAAUUAAUGAAAGAUUCGUAGAUUUGGCACGGGAAAAGUUAGCAGAAUUUAAUUUGAAUUCUGCUGCAAUAGAUCAUCAUGACUUUUGUGAACCAAUUUUUAUCCAGGGUAUAUUGAAUACAUGUAUAUAAAUAAUAUUUUAAAAGAAUUAUUUUUGUAUAAUUAUUGAUGUAGGAAAUGCUUGUGAAUUAUUAUCAACGGGUUACUAUGAUAGAGUUUAUUGUGAAGCUGUUGUACCUUAUGAAAAAUUGAUAUUUAUGAAAUCACUUAUUAAGGUUUUUAUUUUUUAUUAAGUACAUUAAAAAAAAAAAAAACAUACAGAAUUAUUUUGUCUAUUUUUUAGAUUAAUGGAAUAUUAGUUAUGCCAUUUGAUGGGUUUCUGUGGAAAGUAAUUAGAAAAGAUGAGAUUCGGUACAAAGCUGAAAUAAAAAGUCAAUUAAUUGAAAAUGCAUUCUCAAAUCUCAUACUACCUGAUUUCCGUAGUUUAAAAAUCGUGACUUUUCGUAUGUUGAAUAUUGAACUGUUUUAACAUUUGAUUUAAUUUUAAAUUUCUUUUAUUUUGCAGCUCCUGUUAAACAGUUAAAUUUGCAAGAAUUGUGUAGAAAUAAUAUUCGUUCAUCUAUGCGCCAAUACCUGUUAAAAGAAACCGACCAUUUGAAAAUGCACACUAUGUGCCACAAUUUAAUAAAUACUGAUCCAGACAAAGAACGAUUUCUUUGGAACAUAGUAAAGUUUAUAAGUUCUUUUAAACCAAGGGUCAUUGAAUUAGAUCAUCUAUCAUUAUUACAUAAAAUAAAAAAAAUAAAUAAUGACUCAAAUACUGGUUUACUGUCCAUUUGCCCAGGCAUUUCUGAUGGUUUGUUGAAAACUACUGGUAUGAUUAGAUUUUUGGUGUUGAAUAAUAAUAUUAAUACUAGCUGGGUAUCUAAUAUAUUUUCAUUGUUUGAUAAUUUAGAUAAAAGUGGAAAUAGCAGUAAAGCUGAGAGUGAAAAUGAUAGUGAGGCUAUCAGUCACUUAACAAUGUAUCAUUUCAUAAAAGAUUACAGAGUCAAUAAGUUAAGUAGAUGUUUAAAAGAAGAAAUAUACUCGUUAUCAAUACCAACUCAGGUCAAACAUUUCCUCAACUACGACAGGAUUGAUUAA